AGAGGGAGGUGGUGCCAUGACCCCCACCCUCACAGCCCUGCUAUUACUUGGGACCCUCCCCAAACCCACCAUCUGGGCUGAGCCAGGCUCUGUGAUCCCCCGGGGGAAGCCGGUGACCAUUUGGUGUCAGGGGACCCUGGAGGCCCAGGAGUACCGACUGCAUAAGGAACGGAGUCCAGGGCCCUGGGGCAGAGAGAGCCCUCUGGACUCUGGAGACAAGGCCAAGUUCUCCACCCCACACAUGACAGAGCGAUAUUCAGGGAGAUAUCACUGUUACUAUCUCAGCCCCACUGGCUGGUCAGAGCCCAGUGAUACCCUGGAGCUGGUGGUGACAGGAUUCUACAGCAAACCCACCCUCUCAGCCCUGCCAAGUGCUGUGGUGACAUCAGGAGGGAAUGUGACCCUCCAGUGUGACUCACGGCUAGGAUUUUCCAGGUUCAUUCUGACUAAGGAAGGAGAACACCAGCCCUCCUGGACCCUGGACUCACAGCGACUCCCCACUGGGCAGUUCCAGGCCCUGUUCCCUGUAGGUCCCGUGGUCUCGAGUCACAGAUGGACGUUCAGAUGCUGUGGCUGUUACAAGAAGUACCCCCAGGUGUGGUCAUAUCCCAGUGAUCCCCUGGAGCUCCUGGUCCCAGAAGCAGCUGACACCAUCAGGCCAUCACAAAACAAGUCAGACUCCAAGAGUGCCUCACACCCUCAAGAUUACACAGUGGAGAAUCUCAUCCGGAUGGGCAUGGCUGGCUUGAUCCUGCUGGUCCUUGGGAUUCUGCUAUUUCAGGCUCGACACAGCUUGAGAAGACCCCAAGCUGCAGCCAAGACGCAAACACAAGAUAGAACAAUGCACUGUUCAGAGUGGUAGAGCCUUG